AUGAGGAGCAGCCUUUCAUGUGCACAGGUGACUGCCAGAAGCAGGGUGCAGGCUGCCUUUCUUGUCCUGGUGAGAGCUGUGACAUCAGGUGCUGUCUUCGCAGGUGCCAUGCCUACAAUGGCAAGUGUCAAGUUGUCUACACUUCAUCCCAUUGUGAAUCAUCCACAUUACGAAGAUGCAGACUUGAGGGCCCGGACAAAAAUAGUUUAUUCUACAUAUAGUCGAAAAUCUGCCAAAGAAGUAAGAGGUAAAUUGUUGGAGUUACAUGUGAAUUAUUAUGUUUUAGAAGAGGCAUGGUGUGUUGUGAGAACUAAGCCUGGUUGCAGUAUGCUUGAAAUCUGGGAUGUGGAAGACCCUUCCAAUGCAGCGAACCCUCCCUUAUGUAGCAUCCUGCUCGAAGAUGCGAGGCCUUACUUCACCACAGUAUUACAGAAUAGUGUUUACAGAGUAUUGAAGGUUAACUGAGAAGGAAACUACCCAUUACAGUAUUUCAGAAUAGUGUGUACAUAAUAUUGAGGGUUAACUGAGAAGGAAACUACCCAUUACACCCAAAAUGGGAAAGCACUGAAGAAAACAAA